GUUUUGAUAUUUUUUGGUGUUAUUUUUAUACUAGAAAGACACAUUUAAUAAUGAAAAGCAGUAUACAUAUUUUAAACUACUUGUCCUGUGGACAAAGGAUAUCAAAUGCACAUCAAUCGUUUCUUUUCAGGUUUCUACAACUUCCAUUUAAAAAUUAUCAUUUUAUACCACAACUAUCUAUAAAAAGGCUGGCCAGUACACAAGUUGAUAGUAAUAACAACAAUGAAGUAUCGAAAAAGCUGCAGGAUAUUUUAAACAUACGUGCUAUUAAAGCUCAUACCAUAGUGACAAAUAGCACACUUUUUUCCAAAGUGUCUCCACAAGACAUAGAAAAUAAUUAUAAAUUAGGUUUAAGCAAUCACCUCACUGUAGAAAACUUUAAAAUGUAUCCAAAUAUUUUAGCAGAUCAAUCCUUAAGUUUAAAAUUGGAGGUUUUAAAAAUGCUACCUUUUAAUUUCAAUGUAACAGCCCCUUUACUUUUAGUUAAUUAUGCCAAGUUAAAAACUUUUGUUUUUGAUGAACUUGCUGAAAAAAGAAUAAAUGAAUUUGCAACAAUGUUUCAGGUAGAUGAGAAUGAAGUAUGCAAGUGGAUGUCACAGAAGAUAUUUUUAAUGUCAGCCAAUAUGCACAACAUUAAAAAAUGUAAAAAAGUUUUGAUGGCGGCUGGUGUUACCCUUGAAGAGAUUAUUAAUGAUCUUUGGGUAUUACGUUAUAAUGCUAAUACAGUUGAAGAAAGAAUCAGAAUGGCUAAAGAAAAUAAUGUUGAUAGAAUUAAAACAUGGAUGGUUAGAGCUCAGCGUGAAAUAUUUGAUAAUUACGUCAGAAGACGAUCCGAUAAUAAAGAAAUUUUAGGAGAGAAAGCAUCUUUAGCAGAAUACUUAUCCGAAAAGUUGGAAUGUUCGCAAGAUGUGUCAAAGUAUCUAAUUUUAAAACAACCUGCGCUGCAGAAGAAAAGUUUAAAGAAAAUGAACGAUAUUAUAGAUUUUUUAUUACAGAAAGGUUUUAAACCUAUUCAUAUUUGUAGGACGCCCAAAAUAUUACUACACAGUGUAAAUACUAUUAAAAAAAGACUUCAAGAAAUAGAAGCAAAUAAUGUACAAUUAGAUUCAUUGGUAAUUCUUACUAAAAGUCAAAGACAGUAUGCGCAUGUUCUCGAUUCUAUGAAAUCUACUAAAACUAAAUUAAAAAAUUAA